GGAAUGUUGAUACAUUGUUGUUGUUUUGUAGUUAAUUUAGUUCACAGGGAAACAUUUCGCUUCGGUUGCAGGACGCGAGGCAGGGCUCGACCUGUUGAUUCCAGGACACCCCUCAGACACUCUGCGCGUCCCGGACACAGAUUCCCCGUUCACAAGACACAUUUUUGAGGAGUUCUGACUAGCUGCUUGUAUGCAGGGCAUGACGACUCAUUUUAAAGCAGGCAAAGCUUUAAAGGUCAAGAAGGAGGUGGGUGAGAAUGCCCCGGCGCUCAGUGAUGACGAGCUGGUGGCCAUGUCGGUGCGGGAGCUCAACCAGCACCUGCGCGGGCUGACGAAGGAAGACGUGGUCCGGCUGAAGCAGCGGCGGCGCACGCUGAAGAACCGCGGGUACGCGGCCAGCUGCCGCAUCAAGCGCGUCACGCAGAAAGAGGAGCUUGAACGCCAAAAAACAGAGCUGCAACAAGAGGUGGACAAACUGGCUCGUGAAAACGCCAGCAUGCGGCUGGAGCUUGACGCGCUUCGUGCCAAGUACGAGGCCCUGCAGUGCUUUGCCCGGACUGUCACACGCGGGCCUCCCGGUAAGGUGGCCACCACCAGCGUCAUCACUAUUGUCAAGUCUGCCAAUCACAGCGCCGGCUCCGCCCCUUUUUCAGCGCACUCGUAGUGCUGAUUGACAGCGCCUGCUCAGCUCCUUCUGGUCCAAUCCAGCUCUGAACCUAUACUGGCCCGCGGGCCACCGCUCGAUCCACACUGAGAGGAAGCUCAGUGGUCAGGCUGAGGGGAGGGUGGGGGCCUUAAUAUGCGUAACUACAACAGGCAGCAUCUUUUUUUUUUUUUUCUCACUUCUCUCUUUUUUUUUUUUUUUACACACUCACAAAACACAUACAUAAAAAAACACGUCUAUAUUGUCUGUGCACUGUGCUAUAACCUCCGGCACCGGCAGGGCACAUCGACCCUUCUCUCAGCUUCACCACAGGCUGAGACUUAGCAGAGAUGAGCACUUGUUAAAGUGUGAGAUAGUACUUGACUUAACCUGCCAUGGCAGCACUGUUCGACAGCUAGGAUGCCCGUGACUUAUUGCAUAUGCACCAGAAACGAAAAUGAAUAAUGUAUCAUUAUAAGACGUAAUUAUUAUUCAUAUUAGGCCAAUAUUGUAAACUUACACUACCGUUCAAUAGUUUAUGGACAGUACAUUUUUCUUUAAAAAAAUCAUACUUUUAUUCAUCAAAGACACAUUAAAUUGUGACCCUGGACCACAAAACCAGUCAUAAGGGUCCAUUUAAAAAUUGUAUUUUAAAUUAUGAAUUGAGAUCAUCUGAAAGUUUAAUAAAUAAGCUUCCCAUUGGUGUUUGGGUCGUAUAGAACAAUAUUUGAUACAACUAUUUGGAAAUCUGAGGGUGCAAAAAGAAAAAUAAUUAAAUAUUGAGAAAAUCACCUCAAAAGUUGUCUAAAUUAAGUUCUUGGCAAUGCAUAUUAGUAAUCAAUAAUUAAGUUUUGAUAUAUUUAUGGUAGGACAUUUACAAAAUAUCUUCAUGGAACAUGAUCUUUACUUAAUAUCCUAAUGAUUUUUGGCUUAAAAGAAUAAUCAAUAUUUUUUUUUUAUACAUAUAAUGUAUUUUGGCUAUUGCUACAAAUAGACCUGUGCUACUUAUGACUGCUUUUGUGCUCCAGGGUCACAAUUGAUCAUACGUAUCAGUAAAGACAGUAUUCAUCAAAAGAAUCCUGAAAUUCCGGUUUUCCACAAAAAUAUGAAUCAGCACAACCGUUUUCAACACUGAUAAUUGGAAGAAAGUAGUAGUUUCUUGAGCAGCAAAUUAGAAUGAUUUCCAAAGGAUCAUGUGACACUGAAAAUUCGGCUUUGCGUCACAGAAAUCAUAAAAGUAUAUUAAAAUAGAAAUGAUUUUCAUUUGUAAUUAUAUUCCACUAUGUGAAUGUUUUUACUGUAUUUUUGAUCAAGUAGACUUGGUGAGCAAAAGCAUAAAAAAUAUAACAGACCCCAAACUUUUGAAUGGGAGCAGUUUUUUGACACAGUUUAUGUGAUGUCAUCUGGCAUCAUGAAAUACGUCGGCAUAAACUCAUACAUUGCUACCAAUCAUUGUGAAAGACCAGAGGUCAGAAAUCAGGUUUGACCAACACAGUCCAAAGUUGAGGAUGAUGUUAUCGGCAUCAAGGGCAAAUCCUUAUCCUGAAGCGUUACAAUAACUGAUAAACAAUGCUAAUUAUCCAAUGGGAAAUGAGCCAAUUCUUCUUAGUCAGCAGUUUAAACAUAAUAAUCCCAAAUGGGAAAACAGCACUUACCGUAUUUUAACUGCUGAAUUACAGUAUAAUACUAUGAAGCACUUGCAAAGCAGACUGACGUAUGUGAACAUUCAAGACUGAAAUUACAGAGUAACUGAGUUUCUAGAAAAGGGCACUUCAUGGAGUUUUUUUUUUAUUGUUGUAUUUGUUUCAUUAGAGGUUAGUUAGUAUAAAGUUAAUUAUCCUCAAAGUGAAACGUGUUGAUGAUAACAUCCAAGCGGCACAUCUGUGUUGUCCGUUAUCUCAAAGAUAUACCGUUUUUCAUGACCUGUCUCUAUACGACGCCAUAAAAUGGUAGGUAAUCCAUAUUGGAUAUUGUGAUAACAGGAGCUGUCUUGGCAAAACAAACAAAGAAAAAAAUGCAGUUCAGUUAUAACCUGUAUAUUACAGAACUGAGUUAAUGUCAAAAAAGUAAUGUCAAAGUUAAGCUCCCAACUUCGUAUAGAGAAUUCCGUCCGCUCCGAACGCAUUCCCACUGCUAAGGUGCCACUGCCGGUGUUGGUGACCCUGAUUAAAAUGUACAUAAAAUGCCAAUAUUUGAUAUUUCGACACAGACACUUUGGGUAAGGAGAAUCCUGGGGUCCUUGAAACCAGCUCAACCGUUCAUCCCUAAAACAUUAACACACCGUCCGUAUUUGGAUUAAACUGAAGCUGGCUGAAAUCAGGAUUGUCUCUUACCUAAGUGGCUAUGACUGUUCGUGUGAGCCCUUCCACCACUGCAGGAAGCAUUAGAGGGGUGUUGUGCUGCUUGGAUGCCCACUGUUUGACCCACAUCUGUCCUGUUAUGCUCUAAGCAUUUUUACAUCUUAUUUUACAUUUAUGUUUCUUUAUCUGAUGUUCCCAAUUGUUUCUGUAGUUUAUAUGUAUCCAGGACACGAAAUACCUUCAGAGUGGUGUGAUUUGGUUACAGUGGUUUAUUUAACUGAUUUAAGUUCAGAUGUCCAAUAGAAGAAAGCCCCACUCUCAAUUCCUAUGUGUCAGUACAUAAACCCAACACACUAUUGGUUUUACGGUGAAUGGUAGUGUUCAGAUGAUAUUGUGGAUCUUUAUUUUAAGCGUGCAGAUUUUAAGAACCUGUAAUUACAGUAUUCAUCAUUUAUUUGCCAUUGUUUUUGGUCCUACAGUCAGCAUUUCAGACCUCCGUUUGUGAAAGCGUCCGGUGCAGUUCUUUUAAAUGUGACCACAGAUGGUUGGCAGAUCCUCUUUUCUGGAAUCAUGGGUUUUAAAUUGCUGUCUAUAUUUUCCCUUUAGGCCACAAAAGCAUUUUAGGGUGAAAUAACUCUGGAAUUUUUCAUUCGUCAUGUUGUGGCCAAUUUUUGUUGUUCCUCUAAGACUUAAUACGUUACAUAAUAUUAGAAUUUAUCAGAGUUAACCCUUGGUAGGAAGUGCGAUGUGUCACUUCUUCUUUAUGGAAAUAGUAUUUUUAUUGUUUGAGAAACUGACAAAACAGCUCAUUCUGUGCUUUACACUGACAUCUGGUGGCGAUUUGUUCUUUUCUGUUUUUCCAAAAUGCUGUGAUCGAAUGCGGAUGACACCAAGAGCCAUCAUUUCUUCUGACUAGUGAGGCGUUGCUGUUUUGCUUUGUGUUCAUUUCAGCUGCCACCAAAGCCAUAACCCAUCAGUGCGCUUUCUUUAAAGCUCACUUCGUUUCUAUUCUUUUAUUAAUAUUUUUUUUAGUGUGAGUUAAAUAAAACUACACCCUCUAGUAACUAGAUUGUGAUGCCCUAAUUCAGACUAAUGAGAACCCAACAUGCCAUCACAAAACUAUUCUGUAAUUUUAAAGGGAUGCCAGUGGUUUUGGCCAGUUCGUUGAAGUUAUUUGUGUAGAUUUAAUUAGAUCAAAAACGAAAUCAGUACCGACAGAGGCAUUUCAGGUCAUCUUGUGACUGAGGCCUGUAGAUAUUUCUCUAUUUUGAAGCAGUUUUGUACAGUAAAUGUUCCUCCCGACACAGUUAGAUGGUGAAAAUGGUCUUUAAACUAAGUGGGUACUUUUUCUGUCUUUUUUUAAUUCUAUAUAUGCUGUAUGUGGCCUUUUGGGCGGAAUAGGAUAAAUUAUUCUAUAUUUUACAUAUGAAUAUAUCUAUUUUUUAAAGUAUAUAUACUAUGUGCUCAGUCAGUCUUUAAAAGCUAUUUACGCCAUACCAUGAACGCACAUAGGAAUUCUAACCAAUGCUCUUUAAAACACACUUGCCUAUAAAAAUCUUAGUGAGACUCCAUGACAUAUAAAGUAUGCUGCUCCAAAUUAUUACUUUAUAUUCGUCAACGUUAAGAUGAAACUGUAAGGUAUUGGGGGAAGUAGUCAUGUCAUUUGUAGUUAAAGUAGUGCCUUUAACAUUGAGCUUGUCAUCAUUUAAGUACUGUAUGAAUGGGUGUGGUUGUUUGUAAAAUCUUAUUUCCAUGUGCAGCCACAGAUUUGCCUGUUUGAUAGGUUUAGUAGGAGUAAUUGUGCUAUAUAUAACAUAGCGGUUGUAAAUACGGACACCAUAAAAAGGCAGCAAAAAAAGGUUUAGAUUAAUCAUUAAUCUGCUUGUAUCACAUUGAUCUUUGAUAUUUAUUUUGUUUUUG